AUGGAGGAUAUCUACCUGUUUGGUGGCAAAAGCACAAAUGAGGACGGCAUGGUGACGUCUUCCAUUGAAAUCCAUAAACUCAGUAUUUCUAAAAUGAAGUGGAAGGUUCCUCUGUACGUUGGGAUACCUCCGGCCCGGCGACAUGGACACACUGCAUUCAUCCACCACAGCCACCUGUAUGUAUUUGGAGGGAAAAAUGAAGAGCAGGAGUUUAAUGACCUGAAGGUGAUGAAGCUCAUUAACCCUUCAGAGAGACAACCAGUGAUGAAGGAGAUUCUGUCAGAGUUUGGUCUGCAGGGAAUCAGCCACAGCUUCACUCCCACAAAGGUUCCCAACGUUCGCUACGAGCUGGGCCAGUCUUCUCCGAUCAACCAGUCCAGGAACACAACAGCUAAUGCACAGGUGUUUGUCCACAGAGACUUCAGUGCAGUUCGAGAUCAGGCCAUGCAAAUGGUACAGAAAGCCUUCACUCUGCUGGACCAGGAGUUCCAGAAACUGGAUCGAGAGAAGUCAGAGUUGUCUCAAGCUGCUGCUGCUUUGCAAAAAGAGAAAGCAGCUCAUGAUGCCUGCAGACAACAACAGCUACAGGAGCUACAGGAGAUGCUGGACAGGCAUCGUUUUCAAAAUGAGGCAUGGCUCCGAGCGAGAGCCGGGGAGAACGACAGAGAGAGGAGGGAGCUCUGCAGACUCAGAGAGGAGGUGUUGCAGGAGCAGGAGAGGCUAACGGAGGAGCAGAACAGCAUCCAGAAACGCAGCGAACAUCUUCUGUCUAUCAUGCAGCAGUUUAAAGGAAUGUGAGAUUCCUCAAGGGGAUUACUCUUUAUGUAUUAAAUGUUUCUUCAAUAAAAAGAUAUUGCAAA